AUGCAUUUUGCCAUCCCUAUAAGAAUGAAACUCGUUCAAGUAUCUAUUGUAUUAUGUGUUGCGGUUUAUUUUGUCAGUGCGACAAAGUUACUUGCUUCAUCGUUGCACGAAUUCGAUAAUGAAGGAACUAAUUUACUUCGACGAUUAGUCAAACGACAGGCUCGUCACGAUCCGAAAUGUGAUCCUCGUGCAUGUGCUGUACCCAAUUGUGGCAAAGAUUUUGUAGCAGGAACUUUACCAGGUGAAUGUUGUGAAAGAUGUAUACCAUGGGAAUAUGCAAGAAGCAUGGGAAUUCAAUAUCGACAACCAUCACAAGAUAAUCGAGACCAACAAAGUAAUGAUCCAUACAGUCAGCAUCAAUACAAUCAACCGCAACCAUAUCAACCACAACCACAACCAUAUCAACCACAACCACAACCAUAUCAACCACAACCACAACCAUAUCAACCACAACCACAACCACAUCAACCACAACAAUAUCAACCAAGCCGUGCCGAUGUAUACAUUUAUGGACCUGAUCAAGGAGCUCGAGUGUCUGUCGGACAAAGCAUUUAUUUUGAUUGUGAAGUCAUUGCACCUCAUAAUCAAUAUGCUCAACCACGUUGGACACGAUCUGGCAGUCAGCAAUUGCCAUACAAAGUGCAAAGUACAAAUCUUCCAGGUAAUCGUAAAAUUGCACGUCUUACAAUUCCAGAUGCUACACGAAGUGAAGCUGGUCGAUAUGAAUGUAAUGCUGGCACAAAUAAUCCUAAUGAUCAAGCUUCGAUUGAUUUACAAGUAACAGAAGAUGGCUAUUACCCUCCAUCACGACCACAACCACAGCCACAACCACAACCACAACCACAACCACAACCGCAACCAUCAUAUCCUGGUUAUGAUCCAUACAAUCAAUAUCCAUACAACUAUCCACCACAACCGCAACCACAGCCUCAACCGCAACCACAACCAAGUGGGGAUGAUGAUAAUUAUGGAAAUGAAGACGCAGGUAGAGGCGACCAAGAAGAUCAACAAGAUCAGCAAGAUCAACAAGAUCAACAAGAUCAACAAGAUCAGGAAGACACAACACCACAACAAGUAACUACAACACCUGCUGCAGGUCAAGAUGGAGGUGCGGAAGAUGAAGGCGAAUAUCCAGAAGAUUAUUCCGACAUUGAUAAAUAA